AUGAGUUCUAGAAAUAAUACUAUUGGGUUUAUUGGACUUGGUCUAAUGGGUUUCAAAAUGGCUAAUAAUCUAUACUCUAAAUCCAAAUCACCAUUGGUUAUUUACGAUAUAAAUAAAACAUCUCUAGAAAAAUUUACUUCUUUACAUUCAGCAACUCUAACUCAAAAACCAAUUUAUCAUGCUAAAUCUCCCGCCGAUGUUGCAAAAAAAGCUUCAGUUGUUAUUACAAUGUUACCAUCGUCACCUCAUGUAAAAGAAGUUUAUUUAGGACAUGAUGGGUUAGUUGAGGGGUUAGAUGAGCAGAAUUUCUUUAUUGAUUCUAGUACUAUUGAUCAAAGUGUUUCGAAGGAUGUUGCUCAACAAAUUAUUGAUAAAGGAGCGAGACAGAUUGAUGCGCCAGUUUCUGGAGGAGUUGUUGGCGCUGAAGCGGCUACUUUAACAUUCAUG